GUCUCGGUCCUUUAUUUCAAAAAUGAGUGAUGUCAAACAACAGCAGCGGACUGUUUUCUCUCUCUCCCUCUCUCUCUCAGUCGCUCUCUCACUCUUACAACGUCAGCUGCCUACCAAUCAGCUUGUCGAGCAGCCAGAUGAAGAAAAUGUUACGGAGAACGGCCGAAGUACACCGUGUGGGAUGCGGCUGUUCUCACAGGUAGCUCGGGACAGCGCUGCGUUUCAAAUGUGACAGUAUUUCGGUUGUUGUCGCUGAUCUUCAGCUCCACAGUGCAGCCAGAGGACUGUGACCAGAUCACUGCCUCGUCACUUCUUGCCAUUUUGUGCUGCUGUGUGAAUCGCUAAUCUCAUUAUACAGCAGCGCGGGACCGGUUUGCAAACUCAUCGUCCGUUCAUAUAUUUUUUGCCGUUUCAGAUCAGCUCUGCUUUGUCUCUGCUCGACCGUGUCGACUUUCCAUUGUGGGGGGAGAAAAACAAGAGAGAAAGCCACAAUAACAGAAGCGUAGAGUGAAGCCAACGCGCAAGGCAGGCUCGACAUUCAAACCAUUUGGUCUCCGUUUGAAAUGGGCGGGAAGCUCGCGCAAAAACUUCAGAGAGCAGCACAUCCUUCUGAAAGUCACUGGAUGGCUGCGGCGGCUGAUCGCUGCUCGAAGUGACAUUCGUGCUCUUUAUCCGUUCGGGGUUGUUUGGUAUUUUUUUUCAGACGUCGGCAACUUUUUCGCGUCUCAAGGGCGUCUGCAAAACGCACCUUUGGGUGGCAGGGUUUUUUUUUUGUGAGAUCCUGCACCUGCGUGUCGGUGUGCUGGGGACGUUUCGGAGUGGAUCUGCGAGUUUUACUGCAGCUUCACGCCCUUUCAGCGCUGGCUGAGCUGACGGGGGGCUGCCAGAUCACUCCAGUGUCGUCUGGCUUUCAUCUUAAACCGCGUGCUUCUGCGUCUUUUUUAUUGUUGUUGGUGGUGUUUGUUUGUUGUUUUUUUCAAAGACUUUCAAAUGCGUGGAUGCCAGCCAAAAAAAACUCAGCUCAGCUCAGCCGUCGUAACUGGAGCUAGGUUUCAGCCCGCGUGAGGGAAACCGAGACACAGUUUCAGGCUCCUGCGUGGAUCGUGUGUUAUUGCACGGCACGUUUUCGCAGGUGGUGACUGAAGCCUGCUGCUCGGAGGGAGAUGGCGUGAUAUUCCUGUUUUCCGUGCUGAUUACGAUUGUUACAGUGGGACGAUAUUAAAACGGGGGGCGGACCUUGGCUUUACACCAACUUUUUUGAGGGGGGGUGGGAGGGAGGGGGGAGGCUGGAAGAAAAGACUAUUUACUACAGUUUCGUGUUGCCUCGCGUCACACUCGGGAUUUGUCAUCUAAAAGCAACAUCACAGGAUUUGAAGUGCAGAUCCGUUAUUUUCCUCCCCUCGCUGCUCUCGUGGAGAUCAUGGCCGAAGCCCCAGAUGCGAACAGGUUGUGCACUGCAGCCGCGAGAGGAGACCUGAGAGAAACCCAACUGAUACUGCAAGGCAACGUUGACGUGAAUGAGAGGAACAAAUUCGGCAGGGCACCAUUGCAGGUGGUGAAGCUGGGGUGUCCCAGAGUGGCGGAGGCCCUGCUGCAAGCCAAUGCGGACCCGAAUGCGCGCGACCCGGUCAAGCGCCUCACGAUAACGCACGAUGCGGCGCGCGACGGCUACGUGGACAUGCUUGAGGUGCUCGUGACUUACGGCGCCGACGUCAACCUCCAGGACAGCGACGGCAACCUGCCUCUGCACCUGGCUUCGCGCGAGGGCCACCUGGACGCCGUCCGCUACCUGGCGCCGCUCACCGCGUGGCCCUUCCUGCGCAAUCGCGAGGACUUAACGCCGCUCGACCUGGCGCUCGCGCACCACAGAGCGGACAUCGCCCAGUGGCUGCAGACCUACAGGCCCCCCGCAGCCAUAGAGCCCAGCUUAGACUAGAGAGCACCAUCAGGCUUUGCUGUGUGUGACAGAGGUAGGCUAGCGAACAUGCUGAACGGGCGUUCUGAAGUAUUAGAGAAAUAUUCAGCAAACUACCUCUUUUCCUGCGUUGUGAAAUCUCAGCUGUGAUCCUGUGAGCUCGAGGGAGGCUCAUUCUAAAGCACUCACAGGGGCUAACGUGUCCACCCUGCAUUUACACAUACACACUAUUUUCGUUCAGUUGCAUCUUGCAUUGAAUUAUUAUAUUCUCCCCAGUUUCCAGAAAGCAUAGCAGUGUUGAGAUCAUCUUAAUUAUUAGUAGCAUCCCAGAUAGCAAGAGGAUAGCGGGCCACUGCUGGCCAGUAAAGCUGGUGGCUCAGUGGGGUUUAGGCUAAAGUGUUAGACAAAACGCCACUUUCCAGCGCUCUAUAAACUUAUUCUUCCUCCAUUUCUUUCCGUCGUUAUCCUUUGUAAAUGAGUUUAGUAAAUAAUUUUAACCACAAAAUCAGGAAUAACGCCGGUUAUGCAGCUGUAAACAAUCUAGCACAUCGUCAGCCAGAACAUUUUCAAAAAAUCAUUUUAUAUUAGGCUUAUUAUGUAUUUUCCAUUGUUUGUAAUAUUUGUCUUAGUUUAAUUUCUAAAAUAAAAGUCUAUGUGAAUUUGAAAUCUGUUUGAGAAGAUUAAAAACUAGUUAGAUCUUGUAUGCAGCAGAGUAAACUGGGUGGUCCAGCAGUGGCAAACAGUGGACCUUAUCAAGCCAGCAGACUGAUAUAUGCUUGCUAUCUGGGAUUCAAAGUGUGAUCUUUUUUUCCACAGCGCUUUUUUGUGAAAUUCAUCCCUGGUUUUUAUUUGAAAAGGUGACUUUUAUCUCAGCGAGCUGCGCCCUGCGUCCGUGCAGCUGCCACUGUGUGCAGUUUUGAUGUCCUUAGACUUGUGCACAACAACGCCAAACUCCAGCAAAGGAGUACAAUGUUUGACCGGAGGAAUCAAUGGAACAUUCAUGUUUAAAUCAACUAAAAAUGGGAAAACAAACAAAAAAAACUUUUUCGAAAAAGAAGUGUACUUUACUGAAAAAGAAUUGCACUAGGCCUAUAAAGAUCAGAACCGGGAGAUCUGAUACUGUGCCCUUUUUCCUAUUUGUCGAUUGCACUUUUGCUUGUACAUAAUGCAUUUUAUUACUUGUCAGAUUUAACUGUGAACGAAUGUCUUUUUGUUGCAACGAGACAUAUUUGCAAAAUAACCAAAGACAGCCGGCAGAACGGCUUCCAAACAAGGUGACAUCUUUAACUUAGACUGUGGAUACGACAUGCAGGCUCAAGAGGGGUUUGACUUGCAUUGACUGAAAGGUUUGCUGUGAAACGCAGCAGACCUGGCGUUGGGAAGCCUGAGUCAAAACGAGAGGAUAUAGCUUUCCAGAACAUUACUAAUUGAUGGGUGCAUCAUUUAAUAUGAAAUAAUAAAACGGUGCCACUAAA